AUGCCUCUCGUGGAUAUUACCAACGACAUCAAGCGAAGUCGCUUAAAGAAGCAACAAGUAGAAGAAGAAAAGAAAUCAUCAUCUUCGUUGAAACCAAUUCCAUCCACUCUGAGACGGAUUUCCAUUUCCAAGAAGUCGUCCUCAAAAGACGACGGAAAAGAGGGAGAAGAAGAAGAAGAGGAGCAACAACUCCCACCGACGAGGAGUAAACGAGACUCUUUGUCCGGAUCCGGGUCGUCUCCGUUCAGCAAAGUGAGCGUGGAACAGCCCGGGGAGUUUUUGGAAUCCGAACCGAGUUUGAGCAAAAGCGAUUGCGUGUCGAAUAAAGACGAAGAUGAAGAUGAAGAACAACAGAACGUUUUGGUCCAAGAGAAGAACCAACAACAACAGCAAUUACGACAAUCUCGACGUCAAAAGCAUCAGCCGCAAAGGUUGGGUGAUUUGCUCGAAUGGAACGAUAUCAAAUCGAACGCGCUGUACGAGAAGUACGACCCGGAAAAAGCACAUCGAGAGCAACAGAUGAAGUUGUUGACGAAUACUCAUACUACUAAUACUACUAAUAGAGUGAUGGAGGAGGAAGAGGAGAAGAGGAGUAAAGCUUCUGACUAUCAAUCCGGUCAAAAUUCCAAAGCGGUGUUGGAGGUGCACCAACGCGUCGCGGAUUUGAUGAAGUUGGCCGAGCAGAUGUUACCGCCGGAAGAGGAAGACGGAGACGACGACGGGUUGCCGAAGAAGAGCAUACGGGAGAAGUUGCGAGACGCGUGGGACGGGGAUGGAUACUACGCGAAACUUAUGAAGGAGCAGGAUUCUGGGCCGUCGUCGUCGUCGUCGAGGACGUCUUCUACUCCUCCUACUUCAAAUGGUAAUAGUAACAACAACAAAUCAAAGACGAACAACAGCAACGGUAAAAAGGAAGGGUUGAAAGUGUAUUGCGAUAAGGAGAACCCCGUCGCGCAUAAAGUCAAUCGAGGAGCGAAGAAAGCGAGCGGAUUAGGAGGGGGAUUAUCAUCAUCGGGUGGUGGUGGUGGUAAACUUGCCGUCGGCUGCGGAAACACGGGAGGAGGACUCGCAAAUCACGCACCAAAACCGUUAGUGCAAAGAACCGCGUUAACCUCCGCGCUCGGUAACGUGACGAACGCCUCUUCGUCGUCCUCUAGCAAUAACGUCAACGCCACCGUUAGCGGCAGCGCGUACAUGUUCGGUAACUUGAAAUCGAUUCAAGCGCCAUCUGCAACGCAAAAUAGCUCAUCUUCGAACAACGCGUCGGAAAAACCCACAAACUCGACGCCACCUUCGUCGUCGUUAUCCUCCUCCUCCUCCUCCUCCUUCGCCUCUGAAUCCUCCAUCAAUACCGGAUUGACGAAAAAAGAUACCAACAACACCAACAACGAAACGCUCCUCAACGCGUUGAAGGCGGAAAACGACCUCCUCCGCAAACAACGCAACGAGGUCAAGUUAACGCACUUGAAACUGAAGAAAGAGUUGGACGAUUUGAAAAGAAACGCGAGAAUUGCGGUGAGUAAACUCUGCGCCAAGUUGCCCAACAACAGUCGAGGCGUCGAGUUGGACGCGUUGGCGUUUUUGAAGUUGUCUUCUUAG